AUGCUCAGACGCGCCCCGACAGUCAUCUCCAUAACAGCAGAAGACGUAGCCGCAUAUGAGGACAGGCAAGAGCACCUGCGCCAGACACGGCGGCAGGGAUCCCGCGCCGCGCCAGUCCUCAAGACGGCAACGGCAACAACAAUAACCACCACAACCCCUCAGCAGCGCCAACAAUAUAUCCAGCAGCAACAGCAGCACCACCAACAACAACAACAACAACAUCCCUACACCUCAGAUGACCACCCAAACCAAUACGCCUCAGAAGACGAGGACAUGGACGACAUUGUCGACAAUGACGACGAGGAAGAAGAUGAUGAUGACGACUCUGCUCCGCCACCACCACCACCCCACGCCCGCCAGUCGCGACAGCCGAGGAUGCUGUCGCAGGAGCAGCGGGGAGGUGCGCACCGGGGAGGAGGAGCAGGAGCAGGAGCAGCACUAGGGGCCGCUGCAGCGACGACGCCGACGCCAUCGCAUCAGGCCGGUGGCGGGAGGGGGAGUAGUGCACCGCAGCCGCCCGCCGCUCCCGGUGGGAGGGUGACGAGGAGUCGGGAGGAGAGGAUCGGUGUAGGGGCCUCGCGGAGGCGAUGA